GCCAUCGAUUCUAAGGCUGCCAUCCUUUGCGAGUCCAACGCUGCAAUUUCUUAAGUCGAGCUCAAUUGCCCUUCUCGCUGCUAUCUCUCGAAGCCUGCAACCUCUUCUUCGAGUGUCUUGCCGCCCCCUCACGAGACAAUCCAGACAAUCCCACUCGACCGUCAGCCCCGCCUGCGCGCCUAUUUUCCCUCCUCGACCCUCCUUCGUCUUCCUGAUAUUUUGCGAUUUCUCUGUCAGACUCAGGGAAGCGUUUCGACUGACUUACUUUCGAACGUCAAUACAAGUCAUACAGACCUCACCAUAACCAUCAUUCUGAUCAGCGAAUUCGUGUGCGACUAGACGAAGUAAUCAUGGCUGUCCGUGCUCAAUUCGAGAAUUCCAACGAUGUUGGAGUCUUCUCUCGCCUGACCAACUCAUACGCCAUUGUCGCCAUUGGCGCUUCUGAGAACUUUUACAGUGUUUUCGAGGCUGAAUUGCAGGAUGUUAUCCCUAUCUGCCACGCUACCAUUGCUGGUACUCGCAUUGUUGGUCGUUUGACGGCAGGAAACCGCAAGGGUCUCCUUGUCCCCACUACUACCACAGACCAAGAGCUUCAGCACCUCCGCAACACACUGCCAGAGUCGGUAAAAAUCCAACGGAUAGAGGAGCGGCUAUCGGCCCUGGGCAACGUUAUCUGCUGUAACGACCAUGUUGCAUUAAUUCACCCCGACUUGGAACGUGAGACGGAAGAGAUUAUUGCCGACGUUCUCGGCGUCGAAGUCUUCCGACAAACCGUGGCCGACAACGUCCUGACCGGCUCCUACAUGGCCCUCUCCAACCAGGGCGGUAUCGUCCACCCCAAGACCUCCAUCCGCGACCAGGAUGAGCUCUCCUCCCUGCUACAGGUGCCCCUCGUCGCCGGUAGUGUGAACCGCGGUAGCCCCGUGGUCGGCGCCGGCAUGGUCGUCAACGACUGGCUGGCCGUGACGGGUCUGGAUACGACGGCGACGGAGCUGAGCGUCAUCGAGAGUGUCUUCCGGCUGGGCGAGAUGGGUCCCCGUGGUGUCGGACAGGGCACUGCCAACAAGGAGAGCAUUGUGGAGAGUUUCUACUAGAUUUUUCUUUUCGACGCUUUCCCUCACUGCGAUUGUCAUGUUGUUUAUGAAACCCAUCCCCACCCACAUCCCAAAAUAUCCUUACUGUGCCAUGACCCUAUGAACAAAACACCUUGCGAGUCCCGAGGAUUUCUCCAGGUUUCCCAAGACUUUUAUCAUUUUGUAGAGGUUUGGGGGUAGCCGGAAUGCUCCGAGUGAGAACGGUCUUAUCAUACAAAUAAUGCACACUCUCUCACGAGAA